CCUUCAGCAUAAACAAAUCCAGAACUCUCCCAAGACAAAUCAUUUGCCAACUGAAGGAAAGGCCUGGGUUUAUGAUUUCACUUGGAGCCAGAGGUGGAAACUCCAGAAGGACCAGCCGGACCAGGCCUCAGUGGAUGUCCCUGCAGCAAAACAAGAUUAUCUGAAAAUGCUCUUUGCCUGUUACCUUUGAGAGUAAUCAUAACCAAAAAGAGAAGCAUCAGCUGUGAGGUCUCGGGUGUAGGUGGCCUCCUUUCCAGGCUUCGCUAAGUGAUAUUCUCGGUGACACCCGCAGCGCCUUGGUAAAUGGACACAGAAGCUCUAAGUCUGGGAGCCGCCACAGCUAAACCGUCCAGCACAUGCUCCCUCCUGGGAUGUCUACCCCACCUUGUAGGAUGGAUGUGGAGUCGCCAGAUGGACUGCUCUUCAAAGAUCAUGACUUCUCAUCUGACCUGUUGAGGCAGCUCAAUGGCUUAAGGCAAAACAGGAUGCUGACUGAUGUGAGUAUCUGCACCGGGGCCUGGGAGGUCCCCUGCCACCGAAAUGUGCUGGCCUCCAGCAGCCCCUACUUCAGGGCCAUGUUUUGCAGCAACUUCCGGGAGAGCAGUGAGGCCAAAGUUCAGCUGAAAGGCAUCGACGCCCUGACUCUGGACCAGAUCAUCCUGUAUGUGUACACCGGGGAGGUGCACAUCACAGCUGAGAACGUUCUGCCCCUGAUGGAGGCGGCCUCCAUGCUGCAGUACCCCAAGCUGUUUGAGGCCUGCUCCUCCUACCUCCAGAGCCAGUUGACCCCCAGCAACUGCCUGGGCAUGAUCAGGCUCUCUGAGAUCUUAAGCUGUGAGACCCUCAAGAGGAAAGCCAGGGAGGUGGCCCUGGCGUAUUUCCCAGAGGUGGCCGCAUCAGCUGAUCUGAAAGAGCUCUGCGCCUUGGAAUUGAGAGACUACCUUGGAGAUGACGGGCUCUGUGGGGAGGAGGAGAAGGUGUUUGAGGCCCUCAUGGUUUGGAUCAAGCAUGAUCUCCAGGCCCGGAAAUGUCACAUGCAGGAAUUGUUCAAGCAGGUCAGGCUUCAGUACAUCCACCCGGCCUUCUUCCACCACUUUAUCGCCAAUGAUGCCCUCCUGCAGUCCUCGCCCUCGUGCCAGACCAUCUUGGACAUGGCCAAGAGGCAGAUGUUUUCUCUGUACAGCACCUCCAGUGCCCCCCACCUCCCACCUCCAUGGCACGUCCCUCUAAGACACUCCUACCAAGAUUUCCUCAUCCUCUUGGGUGGAAGGAAGGACAACCAGCAGACCACCAGGGACGUUCUUCUGUACCACCAGCAGACCUGCCAAUGGCAGAGCCUUGCCAAACUCCCCACCCGGCUGUACAAGGCUUCAGCCGUGGCCUUGCACCGCAGCAUCUACGUGCUGGGAGGCGUGGCCGUCAGCACAGGAAAGAGGGGUCCCUGUCGAGAUGUCUAUGUCUUCUCCCUGAAACUCAAUCAGUGGAGGCUGGGCCAGCCCAUGCUGGCGGCCCGCUACUCCCACAGGAGCACUGCCCAUAAGAAUUUCAUCUUCGCCAUUGGGGGCAUCGGAGAAGGGCAGGAGGUCCUGGGCUCCAUGGAGAGAUACGACAGUGUCUGCAACAGCUGGGAGAGGAUGGCUGGCAUGCCAGUCGGCGUGCUCGACCCUGCAGUCGCUGUGAAGGACCAAAGACUCUACCUUUUUGGGGGAGAGGACAUCAUGCAGAACCCUGUGCGCCUUAUCCAGGUUUAUCACAUUUCCAGGAACACCUGGUUCAAGAUGGAGACAAGAAUGAUCAAGAAUGUGUGUGCCCCUGCGGUGGUGCUUGGGGAGCGGAUUGUCAUUGUGGGAGGUUACACAAGGAGGAUCCUUGCUUAUGACGCUCAGUCCAACAAAUUUGUCAAAUGUGCGGACAUGAAAGACCGGAGGAUGCACCACGGGGCCACGGUGAUAGGGAACAAGCUCUACGUGACAGGCGGGCGGCGGCUGACCACGGACUGCAACAUCGAGGACUCGGCCUCCUUUGACUGCUACGACCCUGAGACAGACACCUGGAUGUCCCAGGGCCAGCUGCCUCACAAACUCUUUGACCACGCCUGCCUCACUCUCCAGUGCAUACCCAACACCGCCGCCUUCCCUUGAGGCCCACAAGAAACCAUGUGUCCUCAUCAAGGUGCUUUCUGUUGCUAGAGACACAAACCCAGCUGCUAAACACUUAGCCCUAGAAGGAUGCAGAGAGAGCCCCCAGCACCGAAAGGCCCAGAGCCUGGAGGCCUGGAACCGGGCACAUAGUUGGCAAAACACUCUCUCUCCAUACCUGCACCCACCCCACCUGCUCUUUCCCUCCUUCUCUACCUCGUCUCUUAGGCUUCAUUCUACAAACAAGCUUUUGUACCCACACAGUGUGAGGACACCAGCAACUGAUAACCUGAGACCCCCUUCCUCUAGCUUUGCAUCUUAGGAGAGAGAAUGUUACCAUUACCCAUAUGUUAACCCUCAAAAACUAUGCUAAUCGACCCUUUUAAAAUUCUAUGCCUACCUCUUGAGACAAUCACUGUUUCCAGGGAUUGAGCUACUAGAAUUGUCUAGUCCUGGCUCAUGUCCCUGCGGGCACAGAUGGGGUUAACUCUCAUCAAUGACCGCUCAGGCAAACUGUGCAGAAUGAGAGAGUGGCCACUCCCCAAAGGAAGAAACGCUGGGCUCACAAAAACUGGAACAGCCGUUGAAAUUCAGAACAAGAGGUCUGAGAGACCCAAGAGGGCCCCUGGAAGUGCUCAGUCCACGUGGCAAUGUGACAGACUGGCCAUGACUCUGUUUCUUUGCAUUCUGUGGAAGUAGUACCCUGGAAUUCCAGAAAAAUAUGGGCAAUUUAGUAGCUAGUGUUUGCAAAAUUAUCUGCACUGCCAGAAUAAAGUUUGUUUCUAGUGCCAAA